AUGUCGUCCGUCUGGUUCUGCUGCUGCAGAAAUGGAGCGUUCGGCCCCGGACACGUUCAGUUGAAAGAUUUACCGGCUGUGAAACUUGAUACCGGGUUUAUGGGAAACGAUGUUGUGAUAGUUAAGAAUGGACAUCGAAUUUGUGGAAGUGGGGCAGCCCUGGCAAACGCUCCAAUCGCACAAAACAAAGGUUACUUUGAGAUCAAGUUGCAAUGUACAGGUACUUGGGGUGUUGGCUUAGCCACACGGAGGUGCAACCUGAACAAGGUCCCGCUGGGUGAUGAUACCGAAAGCUGGGUGCUACGCCAGGAUGGCCUCUUGUUUCAUAAUGGUGAAGAGAAAGGAAAGUUGCCAGAAGCUCCUCAAGAAGGCGAUAUAUUGGGUUUGACUUACGACCACAUUGAGCUGAAUUUCUUUCGCAAUGGAAGUCCCUUAAAUAUUCCAUUUACCGGAAUCAAGGGGACAGUUUAUCCAGCUUUUUAUGUUGAUAACUGUGCAGUUCUGGAUGUACAGUUUGACAAGUUCUACCACACACCCCCAGAAGGUUUCGAUGCAAUCAUGAUUGAGCAGUCCUUGUUGUGA